UAUUGGCUUGAUUGGCGUGUGCUUUGCGCAGGCGCACAAUACUAGGAAGCGUCCCAGAUGACUGCUUGUUGUUUUGUGAAUUCAAAAGAGCACCACGAAAGUCCCAAACCAUGAAUAUCGUGGGCCACUUUGCUGAGACUGUGUUUGUGACAGUGAAGGAGCUGUACCGCGGCCUCAACCCGGCAACUCUGACUGGAGGGAUUGAUGUCAUUGUGGUGCGACAGCCGGAUGGAUCGUACCAGUGCUCCCCCUUUCACGUGCGCUUCGGAAAGCUGGGUGUGCUGCGCUCCAAGGAGAAAAUAGUGGACAUUGAGAUAAAUGGAGAACCAGUUGACCUGCACAUGAAGCUGGGGGACAAUGGAGAAGCUUUUUUUGUGGAGGAAAAUGAAAACAUGGAGUCCGAGGUCCCAGCACAUCUGUGCACCUCCCCAAUUCCUAUGGAUGCCCCAGAGGAGCUUGAGGAGACAGCUGAGGGGUCCUCCAUGGCUGGGUCUGGUGCCCGCAGGAAAAAACGCAGACGCAAAAGAAUGCGUUCUGACUCUCACCUGAGAGAUGAGGCCGGCUCCUCUUCAGAUGAGAGAGAAAGAGAGAGAGAAAGUGAUCAGGCUGGGCAGGAGAGUCCUAUUAGAGAGGGCUCUGUCACAACACUGCAUGCCAGUAAAUCGGUGUACUACUCACUGUCUGAGGAGCCAAAUGAGGAGCUGGGGGCCUCACAGACCAGAGACAUGCAUCCACACUCAGACGGAGAGCAGUCCCCCUCAGAAAGCAGUGUGUUUUUCAGCCGGCCCCCCUCUCCUAAGAGUGACUCUGAGCUUGUGGUUAAACCUCAGGGGUUUUCUGAGCCUCAGAUGGAGUGGAACUGGGGAGGCUUUCCCAUGCUGUGUCAAUCUGAGAGGACCUCAUUGGACUUGCAGCGCAUCUCCCCGUCCAACUACUCUAAUUUCCGCACCAUAGAGAGACAGGACUCCUUCGAUGUGGGGGGCUUUCAGCCUGUGAUUAGCUGUGGCAGAGUGGGCAGUGUAACAGUGGUUAGACCACAACCAAGGACUCAAUCCCUGGAUCUAGGCAGCCUCACUCUACAGUCCCCACCUUUAUCCAAGAAGAAAAACUCCCACAUUGCUCACUCCACCCCCACUGACCUCUCUAUGUCUUGUGAACCAGCAGCUAAGACUGAUAUGGACUUGAAGUUAGAGGAAGAGGAGGACAGGGACUCAUCUUUCACAGCUAGUCUAACAGACCGCACCGAUUCUCCUGCUUGUAAAGAAAGCACAACCAGCUUUAAGCAUAUUAACACUGAGACUGGCGAUAGUAGCCCAGAAAACCUUGAUAGUGAGACCAAACCAGACAACGCACAAGCACAACUUUUAAACGAAAGUGAAGACUGCAAAGUGGAAAGUACUACAGAGUUAACAGAUCCACAACUGCAAGGCGCCACAUUGGAGCAGAGUGAACACGGGUCCACCAGCAGUGCUCCUGUCAGUGAGGGGGAUAGUGGGAUAGAUCCCUGUGCAGAGGGAGGGGAGGAGGACAGUGGACCAAAAGCUGAAGGGAGAGAUGCUGGGGCCACUUGGACUACUGUGGAGGCUGGAGGGAAUUCCUCUGAGGCAUCUUCUAAAACAGAGCAACAGGAGAAGAAGAAAGGUAAACGAAAUCACCACCUUGGACCAACUGAUAUUUACUUGGAUGAUUUGACAUCGUUGGACCCCGAGGUGGCUGCACUCUACUUCCCCAAGAGUGAGGCAGAGGGAGGUUCUCAGCUUGGGGCUGAGCAGGGCUCUUUCUCUGGGAGCCAGUCACCUCAGUCAGUGGGCAGCGGAGCCAUGGACAGCGGGACAGAGUAUCUCUCCGAUUCCACCUCCUACAACAUGGACGUCAGCAUGUCACUCUGUGGACAGGAGGGGGACACCAGCCAGAUCACCAAAGAAAAGUUUAUGCAGCACAUUGUGACAUACCAGGAUUUUGCCAACAAUCCAGGCAUCAUUGAGAAUCCGAGCCUUGUGAUCUGCAUCAACUCAAACUAUUAUAACUGGGCUGUGGCUGCUCCAAUGGUCCUGUCAAUGACAACUUUCCAGAAAAGCCUCCCCAAGAGCACAAUAGACCGUCUGGUAAAGGACAAGAUGCCCAAAAAGUCUGGACGCUGGUGGUUCUCCUGGAGGAGAAGACACAUGGACAGUAACCAGCAAAAGACCUCAAAAGAAGAGCAAGAUGAACCACUGACAGCUGCUUCCUCCUCUUUAGAAGCCACACUAGAUGACAUUGAAAGUGAUGAGGCUGCCGGCCUUGGUCGAAAAGCUAGCCUUCCAUCCAGUCUAUCGACAGAAACCCUCAGCGCCACUCAGUGCAUCAGCCAGAUGUACCGCAAAUCCCUGCGUCUGACCUCUAAACAAAUAGAACAAUUAAACCUGCGUGAGGGAGCCAACAACGUGAUGUUCAGUGUGACCACACAAUACCAAGGUACAUGUCGCUGCGAGGCUGCCAUCUACCUGUGGAACUGGAACGAUCGGAUCAUCAUAUCGGACAUAGAUGGCACCAUAACCAAGUCUGACGCUCUGGGUCAUAUUCUACCACAGUUUGGAAAAGAUUGGACUCACAAAGGCAUCGCCAAACUCUACCACAAGAUACACCAGAAUGGUUAUAAGUUCCUGUAUUGUUCAGCGCGGGCCAUAGGCAUGGCUGCUAUCACUAAGGACUACCUUCAGUGGGUUAAUGAUAAAGGCACUGUUCUACCUAAAGGCCCUGUUCUGUUGGCUCCCAGCAGCCUCUUCUCAGCACUGCACAGAGAAGUUAUUGAGAAGAAACCAGAGGUUUUUAAGAUUGCCUGUCUGGGUGACAUCAGAGACCUGUUCAACCCACAGAGGCGGCCCUUCUACGCAGCCUUUGGCAACAGGACAAAUGAUGCUUAUGCCUAUAAGGAGGUCGGAGUGCCUGAUACCAGGUUAUUUACUGUCAAUCCAAAAGGGGAGCUCAUCCAGGAGAGGACUAAAGGGAACAAAUCAUCGUACAGCCACCUGAGUGAGCUGGUGGAGCAUUUCUUCCCCAUGCCGUCUGUGGAGGGGAGCAGGUCAUCUGCUCUGGACUGUCCUGAGUACAGCAGCUUCUCUUUCUGGAAGGAGCCUCUGCCAGAUCUGGACCUCAAUGCACUUAUGUAGACACUCAAAACACACACUGCAGACCAAAAGCCACGCACGCACACUUAAAGGCAGGCACAUAUACUCUUGCCUCUGUUGUCUCGUUUUACAAAGGAUUCUUCCAAGUAUACCUGAUGUAGCAUUUGAUGGACCCUCCGUCUGUCGUGCCUGUUUAUGAGACACUAAAUAAACUGACACACAGAGAGGCAGCUGUUACAUCUCACAAAGACAAAGCUACAUUUUGAGUCUGAAUUUCAAAUAUAAGUGCACAUAACAUUAAUGGGUGAUCAUCUCUGUACUUUUACAUAGACCACAAUAGCUUUCACCGCAUUCACUAAUGUAUGUAUGAAUCCCUGUAACUCACAGGACAAAACUAAGCAUUCAGCAUUCUUUCACCUUUUUCUUAUUGUGUGAAUGUGUAUGAUAGACAUUCCAAAAUAAGAAUUUGAACAGUGAAUAUUUAUAAUUCUUCACACUGUUCACAUUUCAGAUGUCAGAACCAACCAAAAAAGUAUUUAAUUAGUAAUUUAAGAAUGCUUAUAUUUAAGGUUGUGUUAAGAAUAAAGAAAUGCCUCACACAAAUGUCAGAACUA